GAAAAGAAAGGGAUCGCAACGAGAACAGCUUUGGAAACCCAAGAAAAAGAAUACCUUUUUUAUUAGUAUUUUUCAAUUUCAUAUAAGUAUAUACAAUCAUUGCAAUUUCAAUCAUUUUCUCAAUCCGUCUUUCUCAAAGGGAUAGUUGAGCAAUUUGGGAAUAAAAUGGGAGUGAAGGUGGAGCACUGAUGUCACUGUUCUGGUUUGUGAUUCGUCAACUAGCUGAAAUUGAAGAACAAAUGGCUACCUCGAAGAAAGUGAUUACACGGGAAGAGUGGGAAAAGAGAUUAAACGAUGUUAAAAUAAGGAAAGAAGACAUGAAUAAAUUGGUGAUGAAUUUUCUCGUCACCGAGGGUUAUGUUGAAGCUGCUGAAAAAUUCCAAAUGGAAUCGGGAACUGAGCCAGAUAUUGAUCUUGCAACAAUCACGGAUCGCAUGGCUGUUAAAAAGGCUGUACAAAGUGGAAAUGUUGAGGAUGCGAUCGAGAAAGUUAACGAUUUAAAUCCCGAGAUAUUGGAUACAAAUCCGCAACUCUUUUUCCAUCUCCAACAACAGAGAUUGAUAGAAUUGAUUAGGAACGGAAAAAUAGAAGAAGCCUUGGAGUUUGCUCAAGAGGAGCUCGCACCUAGGGGAGAAGAAAAUCAAAGCUUUUUAGAGGAGUUGGAGAGAACUGUAUCGCUCUUGGCUUUUGAAGAUGUUUCAAACUGCCCAGUCGGAGAACUUCUGGACAUAUCACAGCGACUUAAGACAGCAAGUGAGGUGAACGCUGCCAUUCUUACUAGCCAGAGUCAUGAAAAAGACCCCAAGCUUCCAAGCUUGCUAAAGAUGCUGAUAUGGGCUCAAAAUCAACUCGAUGAGAAAGCUGCUUAUCCUCGAAUAAACGAUUUGUCGAAUGCCACUCUUGAAGAUCCUACGGUUUGAAAGGCUUGCAAGUCAUUUUGAGGGAAUCAAGUUGCCUUGAACGAUCCUCUAGAUCGUGACGAACGAAGUGGUUUUAUGCUUGUAACCUCUUCAUAAUGACUAGCUAGGAAUUUGUUGGAUUUCAUUUGCUAAGAUGUGAUUGAUGUUUUAUUUUCAGCCUUUGAUUGAUGUUUACUUUGUUCUUAGGUGAAAAUCCAGUCCCCUUAAGCCAUUGUACAA